AUGCAUGGAAUCGUCGCAUCAGCUUCGGACAUGAACGAAAUUGCUAGUUGGCUUCGGACCUCUUUCAAUGGGAUCUAUGUUCUGUCGAUUGAAAUCGGCAAUGGCGUAGAUGACUCAUUUCUAUGGCCAAUGAACAAACAGGUCGAUUAUUUCUGUGAGAAGAUUCGAAGUAAUGUUUAUUUACAACAAGGAUUCAAUCUAUUGGGAUUUUCUCAAGGAAGUGUUAUCGUCCGCGCUGCUGUCGAGCGAUGUUCAUUACCAGUUUAUAAUUUAAUAACAUUAAAUGGUGUCCAUCAAGGCAUAUUUGGUAUACCUUAUCUUCUCAAACUGCCCGUUUAUUUCCGUGAAUUAAUCACGAAAUAUGCGUAUGAGAAAGUCAUUCAGACAUAUGUUGGUGUUGCUAACUAUUGGCGAGAUCCAAUGCAGCUAGAUCGAUACAUAUCUGAUUGUCAUUUUCUUCCCGAUAUCAAUAACGAACGGGAAUUACGAAAUGAAACCUAUCGUACAAACAUGUUAAAAUUAAACGCAUUUGUUAUGACCUAUUCUGAUCUCGAUGAAGUCGUUACUCCAAAAGAGUCCGGCUGGUUUCUAGGCUAUGCGCCUGACACAUUAAAUAUCGAAACGUGGAAUAAUUCAAGACAAUUGACUGAAGAUCUUAUCGGUAUGCGGACUCUUUGGGAACAAGGAAAAGUGUAUAGAUUUGUAUCGCAUACGCGUCAUCAAGAUGGAUCACACGGAGCCAAUCGAGAAUUUUUCAUGAAAAAUAUUCUAAUAUUUUUUAACAAUACAAUUCUCUGA